GAGAACCUCAUGCUCGACACGCGCGGCUACGUCAAGCUGUGUGACUUUGGCAUCUCCCAAGCACCUCUUCCGGGGGCACUUCUCGCAGCUGCCCGCACCCCCGUCUACCUCGCGCCAGAGGUUCUCCGCGGCAAGGGCUACACCGCCGCAGUCGACUGGUGGGCGCUGGGCGUCCUGCUGUACGAGGUCGCUGUCGGCUGCACGCCUUUCGAGGCGGAGUCGCACUUCGCGGUCGUGCAGCGCAUCAUGGCCCGCCCUCGCGUCAUCGCGUACCCGCCCUGCAUCGAGGCGCAUGCCGCCGGCCGCACGCGCGACCUCGUGAGCCAGCUCCUGGUCGGGGCUCCCUCGAAGCGACUCGGCGGCGGCGGCGGAGACGCGGCCGAGGUGCGGUCGCACCCCUUCUUCGAGGGCGUCGACUGGGACGGCCUCGUGCGGCGCGAGGUCUGCUCUCCGUGGCCCGAGCAGAUCGUGCGC